AUGCCAAUACCUCAUAAAAAUGUACUUGAUGAGGCAGUGAAGAUUAUACAUUUCCUAAAAUCUCGACCAUUGAGCACAACACUGUUCACAAUUUUGUGUGAAGAUAUGGGAAGUACGCACAAAUCACUACUUUACCAUACCGAAGUAAGAUGGCUUUCUCGGGGAAAAACACUUGUACGCUUACUUGAAUUGCGCAAUGAAUUGUACGUUUUUUUCACCGAUCACCUAUUUAAUUUACAACUCAGACUUACCGAUAAAAUUUGGUUAUUUCGACUCAGUUAAUUGGCCGAUAUUUUCACAAAAUUAAAUAAAGCGAACUUAUCAAUACAAGGCAAAAUGAUCACCGUUUUCACAGCAAAUGACAAAAUUCGAGCUUUAAAAAAAAAAAUUAAAUUUUGAGCUGUGUGUUUUUCUCAACAUAAAAUUGAUAGUUUACCUUUGUUAAAGGAAUAUUUAGAAUCAAUUGAUGGUAAUAUUGAAGAUUUUGAUGAAAUACAUGGCGAAAUUGAACAACAUUUAAAUGAAAUACUAUCGUCAUUAGAAAAAUAUUUUCCAGAAAGUAAAGAUAUAGAAUUUAUCCAACGAUAUAAUUGGGUUAAAAAUCCGUUUUUAAUUAACGAUAAGCCCGAAAAUUUAUCUAUAACGGAGUAUGAAGAAUUUAUUGAAAUGACCACCGAUUCGUCUUUAAAAACUUUAUUUGAUAAAAUAUCAUUAACAGAUUUUUGGUGCAGUAGCAGUAUUACUAAAGAAUAUUAA